AUGGGGCUGAGUGUUAAGGAUCUGUUCAGACUGGUAGAAGAUUUCAUAGACGCCAUUGGAUUCCGGAUGAAGGAUUUUAAGGAUUCGUACCAAGUGACGGACAAUCUGGUUUUGAGCAUCUACAAGCGUCCAGGAAACAACCCCACGGACAUCAGUUUCCCCAUGAAGGGCUGGAGAGGAAUGGUGGAAUGGGCACGGAACUCUGAAGAUAAAGUCUCAGUCUCUAAAAGCCUCCUCUCCUCAGAAGACUCAGAUACUGAUGAUUCUUCCAUGUUUGUUGUCGGGACCGUGCUCUACAGGAACCUGGGCGGCAUUCUCAACCUACAACGGAACACCACAGUCUUGAACUCUAAGAUCGUCUCGGUGACGGUGAAGCCUCCUCCUCGGGCCGUGUCGGUCCCCCUGGACAUUGAAUUCUCCCAUCUGUACAAUGGAACUAUCAACCACACGUGUAUCAUCUGGGAUGAAACUGAUAC